GUGAGGGCCACGCCCAUGACACCAACGGUAACUGUGGAGAGACGGCCACCAGGAAGGGAUGUUGUCUUCUUGUUGGAUGGAUCUGAUGGUACUAGAACUGGAUUCCCAGCUGUGCGAGACUUUGUCCAAAGACUAGUCGACAAACUCAGUGUGGAUGACACCAAAGACCGUGUCUCAGUGGUUCAGUACAGCAGAGAUCCAGCUGUCCACUUCUAUCUGAACACGUACAAAACAAAAGGCGAGAUCCUCGACACUGUCAGAGCUUUAAGGCACAAGCGGGGAAGACCCCUCAACACUGGAGCAGCUCUCCAGUACUUGAGGGAUAAUGUCUUCACAGCCUCUGCUGGAAGCAGGCGCCUGGAAGGAGUUCCAGAGGUCCUGAUAUUGCUAAGUGGUGGAAAGUCUUCUGACAGUGUUGAUGCACCAGCCUCUGCUCUCAAACAGCUGGGUGUCUUGGCCUUUGCAAUUGGAAGCAGGAGCUCUGAUAGCAAAGAACUGCAGACGAUAUCCCACGAUGCCAGUUCUGCUCUAUCUGUGUCUGAAUUCACUGAACUUCCCAGUAUCCAACAGCAACUUCAGUCCUCAGUGGACUCUGUGGCCAUUGACGUCACCCCAGAAUUACCAACUGUACUUGAUAUCGUAUUCCUUCUGGAUGGUUCUGAUAGCACAAGGUAUGGCUUCCCUGCCAUGCGUGAUUUUGUUGAGAGAGUGGUGGAGAAACUCAAUGUGGGAGAAAACAAAGACCGUGUCUCUGUAGUCCAGUACGGCAGAGACGCGAGAAGUCAUUUCUAUCUGAACACAUACACCACAAGAGAGGAUAUUGUGGAUUCGGUCAGAGGGCUGAGACACAGAGGAGGCAGGCCUCUCAACACUGGUGCCGCACUCCAAUACGUCAGGGACAAUGUCUUUACAAACUCCUCCGGUAGGCGCCUGCAAGGUGUUCCACAGAUGUUGAUCCUGCUAAAUGGUGGAAGGUCUUUCGACAAUGUAGAUACCCCAGCCUCUGCUCUCAAACAGCAGGGCAUCUUUGUGAUUGGCAUUGGAACAAGGAGCUCUGACAGUGGAGCGCUGCAGAAGAUAUCAUAUGACCCUAGUUAUGCUCUAUCAGUGUCUGAGUUCACUGACCUCCCCAGUGUCCAAGAACAGUUCUCCUCUUUAAUGAGCCCAGUGCUGGUGAGGGCCACGCCCAUGACACCAACGGUAACUGUGGAGAGACGGCCACCAGGAAGGGAUGUUGUCUUCUUGUUGGAUGGAUCUGAUGGUACUAGAACUGGAUUCCCAGCUAUGCGAGACUUUGUCCAAAGACUAGUCGACAAACUCAGUGUGGAUGACACCAAAGACCGUGUCUCAGUGGUUCAGUACAGCAGAGAUCCAGCUGUCCACUUCUAUCUGAACACGCACAAAACAAAAGGCGAGAUCCUCGACACUGUCAGAGCUUUAAGGCACAAGGCCGGAAGACCCCUCAACACUGGAGCAGCUCUCCAGUACUUGAGGGAUAAUGUCUUCACAGCCUCUGCUGGAAGCAGGCGCCUGGAAGGAGUUCCACAGGUCCUGAUAUUGCUAAGUGGUGGAAAGUCUUCUGACAGUGUUGAUGCACCAGCCUCUGCUCUCAAACAGCUGGGUGUCUUGGCCUUUGCAAUUGGAAGCAGGAGCUCUGAUAGCAAAGAACUGCAGACGAUAUCCCACGAUGCCAGUUCUGCUCUAUCUGUGUCUGAAUUCACUGAACUUCCCAGUAUCCAACAGCAACUUCAGUCCUCAGUGGACUCUGUGGCCAGGCGUCACGCCACCCCAGAAUUACCAACUGUACUUGUUGACACUGCCAAAAAGAUAUCGUAUUCCUUCUGGAUGGUUCUGAUAGCACAAGGGACAAUGUCUUUACAAACUCCUCCCGGGAGUAGGCGCCUGCAAGGUGUUCCACAGAUGUUGAUCCUGCUAAAUGGUGGAAGGUCUUUCGACAAUGUAGAUACCCCAGCCUCUGCUCUCAAACAGCAGGGCAUCUUUGUGAUUGGCAUUGGAACAAGGAGCUCUGACAGUGGAGAGCUGCAGAAGAUAUCAUAUGACCCUAGUUAUGCUCUAUCAGUGUCUGAGUUCACUGACCUCCCCAGUGUCCAAGAACAGUUCUCCUCUUUAAUGAGCGCAGUGCUGGUGAGGGCCACGCCCAUGACACCAACGGUAACUGUGGAGAGACGGCCACCAGGAAGGGAUGUUGUCUUCUUGUUGGAUGGAUCUGAUGGUACUAGAACUGGAUUCCCAGGUGUGCGAGACUUUGUCCAAAGACUAGUCGACAAACUCAGUGUGGAUGACACCAAAGACCGUGUCUCAGUGGUUCAGUACAGCAGAGAUCCAGCUGUCCACUUCUAUCUGAACACGUACAAAACAAAAGGCGAGAUCCUCGACACUGUCAGAGCUUUAAGGCACAAAGGCGGAAGACCCCUCAACACUGGAGCAGCUCUCCAGUACUUGAGGGAUAAUGUCUUCACAGCCUCUGCUGGAAGCAGGCGCCUGGAAGGAGUUCCACAGGUCCUGAUAUUGCUAAGUGGUGGAAAGUCUUCUGACAGUGUUGAUGCACCAGCCUCUGCUCUCAAACAGCUGGGUGUCUUGGCCUUUGCAAUUGGAAGCAGGAGCUCUGAUAGCAAAGAACUGCAGACGAUAUCCCACGAUGCCAGUUCUGCUCUAUCUGUGUCUGAAUUCACUGAACUUCCCAGUAUCCAACAGCAACUUCAGUCCUCAGUGGACUCUGUGGCCAUUGACGUCACCCCAGAAUUACCAACUGUACUUGUUGACACUGCCAAAAAAGAUAUCGUAUUCCUUCUGGAUGGUUCUGAUAGCACAAGGUAUGGCUUCCCUGCCAUGCGUGAUUUUGUUGAGAGAGUGGUGGAGAAACUCAAUGUGGGAGAAAACAAAGACCGUGUCUCUGUAGUCCAGUACGGCAGAGACGCAGAAGUCCAUUUCUAUCUGAACACAUACACCACAAGAGAGGAUAUUGUGGAUUCGGUCAGAGGGCUGAGACACAGAGGAGGCAGGCCUCUCAACACUGGUGCCGCACUCCAAUACGUCAGGGACAAUGUCUUUACAAACUCCUCCGGGAGUAGGCGCCUGCAAGGUGUUCCACAGAUGUUGAUCCUGCUAAAUGGUGGAAGGUCUUUCGACAAUGUAGAUACCCCAGCCUCUGCUCUCAAACAGCAGGGCAUCUUUGUGAUUGGCAUUGGAACAAGGAGCUCUGACAGUGGAGAGCUGCAGAAGAUAUCAUAUGACCCUAGUUAUGCUCUAUCAGUGUCUGAGUUCACUGACCUCCCCAGUGUCCAAGAACAGUUCUCCUCUUUAAUGAGCGCAGUGCUGGUGAGGGCCACGCCCAUGACACCAACGGUAACUGUGGAGAGACGGCCACCAGGAAGGGAUGUUGUCUUCUUGUUGGAUGGAUCUGAUGGUACUAGAACUGGAUUCCCAGCUAUGCGAGACUUUGUCCAAAGACUAGUCGACAAACUCAGUGUGGAUGACACCAAAGACCGUGUCUCAGUGGUUCAGUACAGCAGAGAUCCAGCUGUCCACUUCUAUCUGAACACGUACAAAACAAAAGGCGAGAUCCUCGACACUGUCAGAGCUUUAAGGCACAAAGGCGGAAGACCCCUCAACACUGGAGCAGCUCUCCAGUACUUGAGGGAUAAUGUCUUCACAGCCUCUGCUGGAAGCAGGCGCCUGGAAGGAGUUCCACAGGUCCUGAUAUUGCUAAGUGGUGGAAAGUCUUCUGACAGUGUUGAUGCACCAGCCUCUGCUCUCAAACAGCUGGGUGUCUUGGCCUUUGCAAUUGGAAGCAGGAGCUCUGAUAGCAAAGAACUGCAGACGAUAUCCCACGAUGCCAGUUCUGCUCUAUCUGUGUCUGAAUUCACUGAACUUCCCAGUAUCCAACAGCAACUUCAGUCCUCAGUGGACUCUGUGGCCAUUGACGUCACCCCAGAAUUACCAACUGUACUUGUUGACACUGCCAAAAAAGAUAUCGUAUUCCUUCUGGAUGGUUCUGAUAGCACAAGGUAUGGCUUCCCUGCCAUGCGUGAUUUUGUUGAGAGAGUGGUGGAGAAACUCAAUGUGGGAGAAAACAAAGACCGUGUCUCUGUAGUCCAGUACGGCAGAGACGCAGAAGUCCAUUUCUAUCUGAACACAUACACCACAAGAGAGGAUAUUGUGGAUUCGGUCAGAGGGCUGAGACACAGAGGAGGCAGGCCUCUCAACACUGGUGCCGCACUCCAAUACGUCAGGGACAAUGUCUUUACAAACUCCUCCGGACAGGGCAUCUUUGUGAUUGGCAUUGGAACAAGGAGCUCUGACAGUGGAGAGCUGCAGAAGAUAUCAUAUGACCCUAGUUAUGCUCUAUCAGUGUCUGAGUUCACUGACCUCCCCAGUGUCCAAGAACAGUUCUCCUCUUUAAUGAGCGCAGUGCUGGUGAGGCGCGCCGCCCAUGACACCAACGUGGAGAGACGGCCACCAGGAAGGGAUGUUGUCUUCUUGUUGGAUGGAUCUGAUGGUACUAGAACUGGAUUCCCAGCUAUGCGAGACUUUGUCCAAAGACUAGUCGACAAACUCAGUGUGGAUGACACCAAAGACCGUGUCUCAGUGGUUCAGUACAGCAGAGAUCCAGCUGUCCACUUCUAUCUGAACACGUACAAAACAAAAGGCGAGAUCCUCGACACUGUCAGAGCUUUAAGGCACAAAGGCGGAAGACCCCUCAACACUGGAGCAGCUCUCCAGUACUUGAGGGAUAAUGUCUUCACAGCCUCUGCUGGAAGCAGGCGCCUGGAAGGAGUUCCACAGGUCCUGAUAUUGCUAAGUGGUGGAAAGUCUUCUGACAGUGUUGAUGCACCAGCCUCUGCUCUCAAACAGCUGGGUGUCUUGGCCUUUGCAAUUGGAAGCAGGAGCUCUGAUAGCAAAGAACUGCAGACGAUAUCCCACGAUGCCAGUUCUGCUCUAUCUGUGUCUGAAUUCACUGAACUUCCCAGUAUCCAACAGCAACUUCAGUCCUCAGUGGACUCUGUGGCCAUUGACGUCACCCCAGAAUUACCAACUGUACUUGUUGACACUGCCAAAAAAGAUAAUGUAUUCCUUCUGGAUGGUUCUGAUAGCACAAGGUAUGGCUUCCCUGCCAUGCGUGAUUUUGUUGAGAGAGUGGUGGAGAAACUCAAUGUGGGAGAAAACAAAGACCGUGUCUCUGUAGUCCAGUACGGCAGAGACGCAGAAGUCCAUUUCUAUCUGAACACAUACACCACAAGAGAGGAUAUUGUGGAUUCGGCCUCGCAAGGUGUUCCACAGAUGUUGAUCCUGCUAAAUGGUGGAAGGUCUUUCGACAAUGUAGAUACCCCAGCCUCUGCUCUCAAACAGCAGGGCAUCUUUGUGAUUGGCAUUGGAACAAGGAGCUCUGACAGUGGAGAGCUGCAGAAGAUAUCAUAUGACCCUAGUUAUGCUCUAUCAGUGUCUGAGUUCACUGACCUCCCCAGUGUCCAAGAACAGUUCUCCUCUUUAAUGAGCGCAGUGCUGGUGAGGGCCACGCCCAUGACACCAACGGUAACUGUGGAGAGACGGCCACCAGGAAGGGAUGUUGUCUUCUUGUUGGAUGGAUCUGAUGGUACUAGAACUGGAUUCCCAGCUAUGCGAGACUUUGUCCAAAGACUAGUCGACAAACUCAGUGUGGAUGACACCAAAGACCGUGUCUCAGUGGUUCAGUACAGCAGAGAUCCAGCUGUCCACUUCUAUCUGAACACGUACAAAACAAAAGGCGAGAUCCUCGACACUGUCAGAGCUUUAAGGCACAAAGGCGGAAGACCCCUCAACACUGGAGCAGCUCUCCAGUACUUGAGGGAUAAUGUCUUCACAGCCUCUGCUGGAAGCAGGCGCCUGGAAGGAGUUCCACAGGUCCUGAUAUUGCUAAGUGGUGGAAAGUCUUCUGACAGUGUUGAUGCACCAGCCUCUGCUCUCAAACAGCUGGGUGUCUUGGCCUUUGCAAUUGGAAGCAGGAGCUCUGAUAGCAAAGAACUGCAGACGAUAUCCCACGAUGCCAGUUCUGCUCUAUCUGUGUCUGAAUUCACUGAACUUCCCAGUAUCCAACAGCAACUUCAGUCCUCAGUGGACUCUGUGGCCAUUGACGUCACCCCAGAAUUACCAACUGUACUUGUUGACACUGCCAAAAAGAUAUCGUAUUCCUUCUGGAUGGUUCUGAUAGCACAAGUACGGGCAGAGAGCGCGGAGGUCCAUUUCUAUCUGAACACAUACACCACAAGAGAGGAUAUUGUGGAUUCGGUCAGAGGGCUGAGACACAGAGGAGGCAGGCCUCUCAACACUGGUGCCGCACUCCAAUACGUCAGGGACAAUGUCUUUACAAACUCCUCCGGGAGUAGGCGCCUGCAAGGUGUUCCACAGAUGUUGAUCCUGCUAAAUGGUGGAAGGUCUUUCGACAAUGUAGAUACCCCAGCCUCUGCUCUCAAACAGCAGGGCAUCUUUGUGAUUGGCAUUGGAACAAGGAGCUCUGACAGUGGAGAGCUGCAGAAGAUAUCAUAUGACCCUAGUUAUGCUCUAUCAGUGUCUGAGUUCACUGACCUCCCCAGUGUCCAAGAACAGUUCUCCUCUUUAAUGAGCGCAGUGCUGGUGAGGCGCCACGCCAUGACACCAACGCUGGGUGUCUUGGCCUUUGCAAUUGGAAGCAGGAGCUCUGAUAGCAAAGAACUGCAGACGAUAUCCCACGAUGCCAGUUCUGCUCUAUCUGUGUCUGAAUUCACUGAACUUCCCAGUAUCCAACAGCAACUUCAGUCCUCAGUGGACUCUGUGGCCAUUGACGUCACCCCAGAAUUACCAACUGUACUUGUUGACACUGCCAAAAAAGAUAUCGUAUUCCUUCUGGAUGGUUCUGAUAGCACAAGGUAUGGCUUCCCUGCCAUGCGUGAUUUUGUUGAGAGAGUGGUGGAGAAACUCAAUGUGGGAGAAAACAAAGACCGUGUUUCUGUAGUCCAGUACGGCAGAGACGCAGAAGUCCAUUUCUAUCUGAACACAUACACCACAAGAGAGGAUAUUGUGGAUUCGGCCGCGCAAGGUGUUCCACAGAUGUUGAUCCUGCUAAAUGGUGGAAGGUCUUUCGACAAUGUAGAUACCCCAGCCUCUGCUCUCAAACAGCAGGGCAUCUUUGUGAUUGGCAUUGGAACAAGGAGCUCUGACAGUGGAGAGCUGCAGAAGAUAUCAUAUGACCCUAGUUAUGCUCUAUCAGUGUCUGAGUUCACUGACCUCCCCAGUGUCCAAGAACAGUUCUCCUCUUUAAUGAGCGCAGUGCUGGUGAGGGCCAGCGCCCAUGACACCAACGUGGAGAGACGGCCACCAGGAAGGGAUGUUGUCUUCUUGUUGGAUGGAUCUGAUGGUACUAGAACUGGAUUCCCAGCUAUGCGAGACUUUGUCCAAAGACUAGUCGACAAACUCAGUGUGGAUGACACCAAAGACCGUGUCUCAGUGGUUCAGUACAGCAGAGAUCCAGCUGUCCACUUCUAUCUGAACACGAUACAAAACAAAAGGCGAGAUCCUCGACACUUUGACACUGCCAAAAAAGAUAUCGUAUUCCUUCUGGAUGGUUCUGAUAGCACAAGGUAUGGCUUCCCUGCCAUGCGUGAUUUUGUUGAGAGAGUGGUGGAGAAACUCAAUGUGGGAGAAAACAAAGACCGUGGUUCUGUAGUCCAGUACGGCAGAGACGCAGAAGUCCAUUUCUAUCUGAACACAUACACCACAAGAGAGGAUAUUGUGGAUUCGCAGGGCAUCUUUGUGAUUGGCAUUGGAACAAGGAGCUCUGACAGUGGAGAGCUGCAGAAGAUAUCAUAUGACCCUAGUUAUGCUCUAUCAGUGUCUGAGUUCACUGACCUCCCCAGUGUCCAAGAACAGUUCUCCUCUUUAAUGAGCGCAGUGCUGGUGAGGGCCACGCCCAUGACACCAACGGUAACUGUGGAGAGACGGCCACCAGGAAGGGAUGUUGUCUUCUUGUUGGAUGGAUCUGAUGGUACUAGAACUGGAUUCCCAGCUAUGCGAGACUUUGUCCAAAGACUAGUCGACAAACUCAGUGUGGAUGACACCAAAGACCGUGUCUCAGUGGUUCAGUAUAGCAGAGAUCCAGCUGUCCACUUCUAUCUGAACACGUACAAAACAAAAGGCGAGAUCCUCGACACUGUCAGAGCUUUAAGGCACAAAGGCGGAAGACCCCUCAACACUGGAGCAGCUCUCCAGUACUUGAGGGAUAAUGUCUUCACAGCCUCUGCUGGAAGCAGGCGCCUGGAAGGAGUUCCACAGGUCCUGAUAUUGCUAAGUGGUGGAAAGUCUUCUGACAGUGUUGAUGCACCAGCCUCUGCUCUCAAACAGCUGGGUGUCUUGGCCUUUGCAAUUGGAAGCAGGAGCUCUGAUAGCAAAGAACUGCAGACGAUAUCCCACGAUGCGUUCUGCUCUAUCUGUUGUCCAAGAACAGUUCUCCUCUUUACGGCGCCAGUGCUGGUGAGGGCCACGCCCAUGACACCAACGGUAACUGUGGAGAGACGGCCACCAGGAAGGGAUGUUGUCUUCUUGUUGGAUGGAUCUGAUGGUACUAGAACUGGAUUCCCAGCUAUGCGAGACUUUGUCCAAAGACUAGUCGACAAACUCAGUGUGGAUGACACCAAAGACCGUGUCUCAGUGGUUCAGUACAGCAGAGAUCCAGCUGUCCACUUCUAUCUGAACACGUACAAAACAAAAGGCGAGAUCCUCGACACUGUCAGAGCUUUAAGGCACAAAGGCGGAAGACCCCUCAACACUGGAGCAGCUCUCCAGUACUUGAGGGAUAAUGUCUUCACAGCCUCUGCUGGAAGCAGGCGCCUGGAAGGAGUUCCACAGGUCCUGAUAUUGCUAAGUGGUGGAAAGUCUUCUGACAGUGUUGAUGCACCAGCCUCUGCUCUCAAACAGCUGGGUGUCUUGGCCUUUGCAAUUGGAAGCAGGAGCUCUGAUAGCAAAGAACUGCAGACGAUAUCCCACGAUGCCAGUUCUGCUCUAUCUGUGUCUGAAUUCACUGAACUUCCCAGUAUCCAACAGCAACUUCAGUCCUCAGUGGACUCUGUGGCCAUUGCGUCACCCCAGAAUUACCAACUGUACUUGCAGGGCAUCUUUGUGAUUGGCAUUGGAACAAGGAGCUCUGACAGUGGAGAGCUGCAGAAGAUAUCAUAUGACCCUAGUUAUGCUCUAUCAGUGUCUGAGUUCACUGACCUCCCCAGUGUCCAAGAACAGUUCUCCUCUUUAAUGAGCGCAGUGCUGGUGAGGGCCACGCCCAUGACACCAACGGUAACUGUGGAGAGACGGCCACCAGGAAGGGAUGUUGUCUUCUUGUUGGAUGGAUCUGAUGGUACUAGAACUGGAUUCCCAGCUAUGCGAGACUUUGUCCAAAGACUAGUCGACAAACUCAGUGUGGAUGACACCAAAGACCGUGUCUCAGUGGUUCAGUACAGCAGAGAUCCAGCUGUCCACUUCUAUCUGAACACGUACAAAACAAAAGGCGAGAUCCUCGACACUCUGGGUGUCUUGGCCUUUGCAAUUGGAAGCAGGAGCUCUGAUAGCAAAGAACUGCAGACGAUAUCCCACGAUGCCAGUUCUGCUCUAUCUGUGUCUGAAUUCACUGAACUUCCCAGUAUCCAACAGCAACUUCAGUCCUCAGUGGACUCUGUGGCCAUUGACGUCACCCCAGAAUUACCAACUUUGACACUGCCAAAAAAUAUCGUAUUCCUUCUGGAUGGUUCUGAUAGCACAAGGUAUGGCUUCCCUGCCAUGCGUGAUUUUGUUGAGAGAGUGGUGGAGAAACUCAAUGUGGGAGAAAACAAAGACCGUGUCUCUGUAGUCCACGCAAUACCCCCGCCCUCUGCUCUCAAACAGCAGGGCAUCUUUGUGAUUGGCAUUGGAACAAGGAGCUCUGACAGUGGAGAGCUGCAGAAGAUAUCAUAUGACCCUAGUUAUGCUCUAUCAGUGUCUGAGUUCACUGACCUCCCCAGUGUCCAAGAACAGUUCUCCUCUUUAAUGAGCGCAGUGCUGGUGAGGGCCACGCCCAUGACACCAACAGUAACUGUGGAGAGACGGCCACCAGGAAGGGAUGUUGUCUUCUUGUUGGAUGGAUCUGAUGGUACUAGAACUGGAUUCCCAGCUAUGCGAGACUUUGUCCAAAGACAAGUCGACAAACUCAGUGUGGAUGACACCAAAGACCGUGUCUCAGUGGUUCAGUACAGCAGAGAUCCAGCUGUCCACUUCUAUCUGAACACGUACAAAACAAAAGGCGAGAUCCUCGACACUGUCAGAGCUUUAAGGCACAAAGGCGGAAGACCCCUCAACACUGGAACAGCUCUCCAGUACUUGAGGGAUAAUGUCUUCACAGCCUCUGCUGGAAGCAGGCGCCUGGAAGGAGUUCCACAGGUCCUGAUAUUGCUAAGUGGUGGAAAGUCUUCUGACAGUGUUGAUGCACCAGCCUCUGCUCUCAAACAGCUGGGUGUCUUGGCCUUUGCAAUUGGAAGCAGGAGCUCUGAUAGCAAAGAACUGCAGACGAUAUCCCACGAUGCCAGUUCUGCUCUAUCUGUGUCUGAAUUCACUGAACUUCCCAGUAUCCAACAGCAACUUCAGUCCUCAGUGGACUCUGUGGCCAUUGACUUCACCCCAGAUUUACCAACUGUACUUGUUGACACUGCCAAAAAAGAUAUCGUAUUCCUUCUGGAUGGUUCUGAUAGCACAAGGUAUGGCUUCCCUGCCAUGCGUGAUUUUGUUGAGAGAGUGGUGGAGAAACUCAAUGUGGGAGAAAACAAAGACCGUGUCUCUGUAGUCCAGUACGGCAGAGACGCAGAAGUCCAUUUCUAUCUGAACACAUACACCACAAGAGAGGAUAUUGUGGAUUCGGUCAGAGGGCUGAGACACAGAGGAGGCAGGCCUCUCAACACUGGUGCCGCACUCCAAUACGUCAGGGACAAUGUCUUUACAAACUCCUCCGGGAGUAGGCGCCUGCAAGGUGUUCCACAGAUGUUGAUCCUGCUAAAUGGUGGAAGGUCUUUUGACAAUGUAGAUACCCCAGCCUCUGCUCUCAAACAGCAGGGCAUCUUUGUGAUUGGCAUUGGAACAAGGAGCUCUGACAGUAGAGAGCUGCAGAAGAUAUCAUAUGAUCCUAGUGAUGCUCUAUCAGUGUCUGAGUUCACUGACCUCCCCAGUGUCCAAGAACAGUUCUCCUCUUUAAUGAGCGCAGUGCUGGUGAGGGCCACGCCCAUGACACCAACAGUAACUGUGGAGAGACGGCCACCAGGAAGGGAUGUUGUCUUCUUGUUGGAUGGAUCUGAUGGUACUAGAACUGGAUUCCCAGCUAUGCGAGACUUUGUCCAAAGACUAGUCGACAAACUCAGUGUGGAUGACACCAAAGACCGUGUCUCAGUGGUUCAGUACAGCAGAGAUCCAGCUGUCCACUUCUAUCUGAACACGUACAAAACAAAAGGCGAGAUCCUCGACACUGUCAGAGCUUUAAGGCACAAAGGCGGAAGACCCCUCAACACUGGAGCAGCUCUCCAGUACUUGAGGGAUAAUGUCUUCACAGCCUCUGCUGGAAGCAGGCGCCUGCAAGGAGUUCCACAGAUGUUGAUCCUGCUAAAUGGUGGAAGGUCUUUUGACAAUGUAGUUACCCCAGCCUCUGCUCUCAAACAGCUGGGCAUCUUUGUGAUUGGCAUUGGAACAAGGAGCUCUGACAGUGGAGAGCUACAGAAGAUAUCAUAUGACCCUAGUUAUUCUCUAUCAGUGUCUGAGUUCACUGACCUUCCUAGUGUCGAAGAACAGUUCUCCUCUUUAAUGAGCACAGUGCUGGUUAGGGCCACGCCCAUGAUACCAACAGUAACUGCCGAGACGCAGGGCCCCCGAAAGGAUGUUGUUUUCCUUGUUGAUGGAUCUAAUGGUGUUGGACGGGAAUUUCCUAUCAUCCAGGAGUUUAUCCGCAGGGUCGUGGAGAGUCUCAAUGUGGGCGAAAACAAGAUCCGGAUUGGUGUGGUCCAGUAUGGUGACUCUGCUCAGGCUGACAUGUUCCUAAAUACACACACAACCAAAGAAGGUGUUUUGAAUGCCGUUAUGGGACUCAGGCAGCGAGGAGGAAGACAACGUAACCUGGGACAGGCCUUGCAGUUUGUCAGUCAGGAUGUUCUGCCAGCAGCACGUGGUGGCAGGAAGCAAGAGGGUGUACCGCAGUUUGUAAUUGUCGUCUCCAGUGGGUCUUCAACAGAUGACAUCAGUAGUGCAGCAUCUUCCCUUAAACAAUCUAGAGUUCUUCCCUUCAGCAUUGGGACCAGGGAUGUUAACCCUACAGAGCUCCAAGUGGUGUCAUACGUGCCUAACUUUGCCUUCACUGUAGAUGACCUCCCUGGCCUGUACACAGUCCAAGAAAACUUAAUUAACACUCUAACUGAGCUGUCAGAUGAUGACAUCACCAGGAUGCGUCCAGAAUUUCCAACCAUUGAUGUAAUCACACCAGCAACCACGGGAGGAGAAAAGAGGGAUGUCGUGUUUUUAGUUGAUGGCACAACAGCGGGUCGUAAUGAGUUUCUUUCCAUCCGUGAAAUGAUAAGAAGAGUUGUGGAUAAGCUGGAUGUAGGAUUGGAUAAGGUCCGAAUUUCAGUGGUACAGUACAGCGAUGACCCAAAGUUAGAAUUUCUUCUGAAUGAAUUCUCCACCAAAGAUGAGAUACGCCAGGCUGUGAUGAAACUUCAAAGCAAAGGUGGAAACCGUCUAAACACAGGUCGUGCUCUUGAGUGGGUCCACAGAAAUGUCUACCAGAGGUCAGCAGGAAGCCGCAUUGAGGAUGGCGUACCUCAGUUCCUCAUUCUAGUUACAGGUGGCAAGUCUGCAGAUGAUGUAUCCACUGCAGCUGACCAACUUAAAAGAAACCAGGUUGCACCUCUUGCCAUUGGAUCAAGGAAUGCAGACCCUGAUGAACUGAGACAGAUUUCCCUGAAGCCCGAACUUGUAUAUACAGUUGACAGUUUCCAGCAGCUUCCAAGAGUGGAGUCACAGCUCAUUAACUCAGUCAAAACAAUAUCCACCAGUGAUAUCAUUAGUAGUUAUGUUCCUCCAUCAGUGGAUUUAGGUAACCUAAAUCUUGGAAGAAAGGACAUUAUCUUCCUUAUUGAUGGCUCAGACAGUACAGGUCGUAAUGGCAUUGUUCAUAUCCGUGACUUCAUCCUCAACAUUGUCCGACAACUCGAUGUGCAGCCUGAUCAAGUGCGUGUGGCUGUUGUCCAGUAUGCAGACAGAGUUAAAACAGAAUUCUCACUCAACUCGCACAAUAACAAGCCAGCUGUUGUCUCUGCUAUCCAAAGACUUCGUCAGAUGGGUGGCCGGGCAUCAAAUCUGGCUGAUGCCAUUGACUAUGUUAUAAAGAAUGAGUUUAAACCUGCUGCUGGUGUUCGUCAAGCUGAGGCCUCCCAGCAUCUUGUGGUUCUCACAGGUGGACGAUCCCCCCAAGAUGUUUCUAUCUAUGGACCUCUGCUUAAGGGCACCCGGGUCAACUGCAUUGGUGUUGGAGCUGCUGGUGCUGACAAAAGGCAGCUAACCCAAAUUGCCACCACCUCAGCUGAUGUCCUCCAAGUUCCUGAUUUCACUGGCCUGCCAGCAGUCCAGCAGGGGGUUAUUGAGAGGUUGAGUGGGACUAUCAUCGAGGAACCACCCACAGACUUUGAGGAUCCUAACCUUCCAGCCCCCAAAAAGGCUGAUAUAGUGUUUUUGGUGGAUGGCUCCAUUAACUUGGGCAGAGACAACUUCAAUGAAGUGAUGAUGUUUAUCACCAACUUAAUUGAUCUGUUCUUCAACGAGAGAGACAACCUGCGGAUUGGCCUGGCGCAUUAUACAGCAGAUGUGACUGACGUCUUCUACCUCAACACCUACAAGAACAAGCAAGACAUUGUAAGUGCCAUUGGCCGAACAGAGUACAAAGGUGGACGUAGAAUCAACACUGGUGCAGCCAUUCGCCACGUUCAAGAUGUUCACUUUACCAAAGAAAAAGGCAGUAGGAUGGAUGAGGGAACUCCUCAGAUUCUUAUGCUUCUCACUGGAGGACGCUCAGCUGAUGAUGGGAAAACAGCAGCCCUUGGUCUGAAGAAAAAAGGUGUGAGAGUCUUUGCUGUAGGUGUGGGCGACAUUGAGACGGAGUUAGAAAACCUGGCAAGUGAGUCCUCAACUGUGGCUAGAGCAAGCACCUUUCUAGGACUUUCAGAGCUCAAUGAGCAAAUUCUGGAGACUUUGGAUGAUGAAGUGAAAGGGAAGCUGUGUGCUACUGUUCAAGAAACUCCUAAAACCUGCAGCAUAGAGGUGUUGGUGGGCUUUGAUGUUGCUGCCCAGAAUAUCUUCAGUGCUCAGACCAACCUCCAGAAAAAUAUGGAGGCCAUUCUGAAGAGGAUUCCUAAAUUGGCAGCCAUCAGUUGCUCAUCUGGGCAGAUUCCAUCUGUGCAAAUGGGCAUGCUGGCCAUGGACUCUGCCUCUGAGCCUGUCCAGCUGGACUUCACAAACAAUGCUGGGGAGCUCAUUGGGGACUUCAAAGCCCUAGGGAGUCGUGGCCCCUUUGUCCUCAAUGGCAAGACCAUCUCAGCUUACACCAAUAGGUUCAAAAUCAGACAGGACGACGUUGUCAAGAUUGUCGUUCAUCUGACUGAUGGUAUUGAUGCCCCAUAUGCUGAAAUGAAAAGGAAAGUUGAGGAGCUUCGACUGUCAGGAGUGAACAGUUUCAUCCUGGUCGGGCUGGAGCGGGUGUCACAAUUUGACGAGGCUUUGCUGCUGGAAUUUGGUCGUGGAUUCAGGUACACAAGACCCUUACGACUCAAUAUCAUGGACUUGGACUAUGAGCUUAUGGAAGAACUGGACAAUAUUGCAGAGAGGGUUUGUUGCGCAGUGCCAUGCAAAUGUACUGGAACCAGAGGAGACAGAGGAGCAGUUGGACUUUCAGGGCCUAAGGGUAGCCCGGGAGGACCAGGAAGCCAAGGACAUCCUGGAGAUGAGGGUGGACCUGGAGAGAGAGGUCCUCCCGGUGUUAAUGGAACUCAGGGUUUCCAGGGAUGUCCUGGACAUAGAGGUGUUAAGGGUUCUCGUGGCUACUCAGGAGAAAAGGGUGAAUCUGGAGAAAUUGGGCUUGAUGGCAUUAAUGGCGAAGAGGGAUUAGGUGGAGUGGCUGGACCCCCAGGAGACAGAGGAAACCCAGGCAAAAGAGGUCCCAAAGGUAGCAAAGGACAAGCUGGAGACAGAGGAGCAAUUGGAAUCAGAGGAGACCCUGGUACGAGUGGACGAAAUAACAACAUCCCAGGACCUAAAGGAGACCCUGGUGAUGCCGGACCACCGGGAGCGCCUGGUGAAGAUGGAAGAAAGGGGGGCCCUGGUGAAGUCGGAAGAAAGGGAGCUAUUGGCAGAAGAGGCCCGCCUGGACAGGCUGGAAUUCCCGGAAAGCCAGGAGAGGAAGGUGUUAAGGGAGAGCCUGGUAUUGGAGGAUCUAGAGGUCCAUCCGGACCAAUUGGUGUACCAGGACCAAGAGGAGAAGAUGGAAACCCUGGGCCCAGGGGUCCCGGAGGGAGCUCAGGUCCCGCUGGAGAAAAGGGUAGAAGAGGAGCUCUUGGACGCAAGGGAGAGCCAGGAGAUCCAGGACCUAAGGGCGCUAUUGGACCUCUUGGUCCCCGUGGAGAGCCUGGUGAAGAUGGUAGAGAUGGGUUUGGCGUUGAAGGUCCUAAAGGAAGAAAGGGUGAUGAGGGCUUCCCAGGAUUCGCAGGACCAAAGGGAGAGGCUGGUGACCCUGGCACAAAGGGUGGACCUGGACGCAGAGGAAAUCAUGGACAAAGGGGUGUCUCUGGAAAUAUUGGUACACCUGGACAGAAGGGAGAGGUUGGAUAUCCUGGGCCUGAUGGUGAGAAAGGACCAAGAGGACCUGGUGUUGUGCAAUGUGACCUGGUUAAGAAGAUCAGAGAAAACUGUCCUUGCUGUUAUGGUCAGCAGGAAUGCCCGCUCUACCCCACUGAGCUAGCCUUUGCCCUGGAUGCCUCUCAAGACAUUGACAGCACAGCCUUCAACAAUAUGCGUGACACAGUCCUGCGCCUAGUCAGAGACAUCACCAUCUCAGAGAGUAACUGUCCAAGAGGAGCUCGUGUUGCUAUAGCCCUUUACAAUGAAGAAGUGACCACUGAGGUCCGGUUUGCUGAAGCAAAGAAGAAACGUGCCCUGGUGCAGCACAUCGAGGGACUGCAGACCCUGAAAACCAACAAGCCGCGCAGCUUGGACACAUCCAUGAGCUUUGUGGCCCAGAACAUCUUUAAGCGAGUGCGCAGUGGCUUCCUAAUGAGGAAGGUGGCCAUCUUCUUUGUUGGUGGGGCAGUCAGUAAGCCGCAACAAAUUACUAAUGCUGCUCUUCGCCUCCAUAAUGCUGGAAUUGCCUCUCUGUUCUUGGUUAACCGUGAGGACAGAACACUCAGACAAGCACUGCAGCAGGUCAACAACACAGCACUGGGCCAGGUAAUUGUCCUCCCAAAACCUGGAAGUGCACAGUACAAUUCAGUCAUCCAAAAGGUGAUGAACUGCCAUGUCUGCCUAGAUGUCUGUUCUCCGGACCAAAUAUGUGACUACGUGCCCCCAUUGGCCAGCCGAGAUAGGAGGUCUCCUACCACAGACGUGGACAUCGACAUGGUUUUCGUCAUGGACAGCUCUGAGUCUACAUACCCAACCGUCUUCACCGAGAUUAAGCGCUACAUAGCGCACAUGGUGGAGCAGCUACAAGUCUCUUCAAAUCCAACAUCGUCCAUUCACCACGCAAGAGUGGCUGUGAUCCAGCAAGCACCUUACGAGUUCAUCCACAACAAAACUGGCUCUCCCAUUCGUGUGGAUAUCGGUUUGACGGAGCACCACUCAGCUCAGGAUAUUGUCAAAUUUCUGCUGGAGAAGACACCACAGUUAGAGGGUGGCCGUGCACUGGCAGCGGCUAUCGAAUCGACAGUGGAGCAAGUGUUUGAGAAGGCGCCUGCCCAGCGUGACAGGAAAGUACUGAUGCUCUUUGUGACAGGAAGUGUCGAAGAAGAAGAGGAGCAGCUGGUGCGUAUCGCCACUGAGGUCAAGUGCAGAGGCUACUUCCUGGUCAUCAUGGGUGUGGGUAAAAGGUUGAGUGCUGGAGAUGCUCGUGUCUUUUCACGCAUGGCCAGCGAGCCAUCAGAUGUCUUCUUCAAGCGGCUGGACAGCAUCUCACACUUUUACGAAAAACACAUACAGACCUUCAGCCAGCUGCUGCCAAAGUACAUCAGCAUUGAAAAUGCUUUCUACAUGUCCCCUGAAGUAUCCAAAAACUGCAAGUGGUUCCAGAGUGACCAGCCACUUAAAAACCCAUUUACAUCAUCACACCAACAGGAGAAACAUCAGAAACAUCAUGAAGACCACCAAGCAGUUCAUCAAAGCAAGCACAAAGAUGCAGAUGAGCUGCACGUCUCUAAUGUCACCUCCACCAGCUUGAAAUUGCGAUGGACCAACCCAGACUCCAAGCUCUUUGUCUACUUUGAGAUAGUGGUGACACGGUUGCACGACCAUGCUCUGGUGCUGAAGACCAACGUGUCAGGCACAGAGCUUUCUGUGGACAACUUAGAGAGUGCUCAAACAUAUCAUGCUGUGGUCACCGCUCACACUGCAGAGGGUCAAAUUGUCUCCACUCGCAAAGGCAUCAUGACUACCAAAGCGGCAGAGCCUAAGCCAGAGCAUAAGCCAGUCAGGCAAGGCUCCAGUUUUGUAAAUACUGAACCACUGGACAAACCAGAAACUGUUAUUGAAUUUGCAGACCCAUGCUCACUUGACUAUGACCCUGGAAUGCCGUGCAAAGACUAUCAGGCUAAGUGGUUCUUUGACAGACAGAACGGGAUCUGUACACAGUUCUGGUAUGGAGGUUGUGAAGGCAAUGAAAAUAGGUUCGACACUGAGGCCCUCUGCCUGAAAAACUGCAUGAGGUCAGUGCCAGAGCCUCAGCCAAAAGUGCAGCAGGUUGAACAAGUGGAGAUCCUUCCGGCUCCUGCGGCCUCUACAGCGGUGAACAUUUGCCAGCUUCCCAAAGAGGAAGGUACUUGUGCCAAAUUUGUACUUAAGUGGCACUACGAUGCCUCCAGCAAGAGCUGCACACGCUUCUGGUAUGGAGGCUGCGGUGGAAACCAGAAUCGCUUUGACACACAUCAGCAGUGUGUGACGGCUUGUGGAAAACCAGCACCCCUCAACCAAGGAGUCAUCGCUACAAUAAGAACAUAGGACAAAACAUGGCCAGCUUUCCUCUCCGUUUAGGGGAUUGUGAGAAGAAACAUCCAAAAUGGCCAUACUGUAAGGAUGCAAUGCCAAAGCAAUGGUGGGUGCACUGGAUUCCACAAAAAAAAAAUGGACGUUAUCCCCCAAAUUCUUGAAGUAGUCUUUUUUACAACAAGAAGGAAGGCAACACGAUUUGCUGCAUGAUUUGUUUUAACCUACUGGUGCUAAAUAGUAUGUUCGUUUUACCAAAGGAGUUUUUAAAGUGGAUUCAGUUUUGUAAAGUCAUGUUUUCUGGAACAAUGUCAUCAUAUUUCUCUAAAUGCAGUUUUAUAAGCAAAAAAACAUGUAUAUCUUGGACAGAGAUUAUCAAUGAGUCAAUACUACAAAACUGGCAUUAUUAAAUGCAGUCCUUGUUAUAUAUUGCGUUUUAUACAUUCCACAUUCACAUAGCAACAUUGGAUUGUAUUGAUUACUAUUUUAAAACUCACUUGAUCCGUGUGAAAUCAUCACUUCACUAUUUUACAGUCACAGAAUCCACAGCAAUGUUUACACAAGUCUCGUAUGGUAGUGUUUGUAUUUAAAUGACAGUGACCAAACAUGGAAUGUUAAGUGCACUUCUGGGUCCACUGCCUCAAACACACAAGUUACAGCUAUUGAAAUGGAAUUUACUUGUCAAGCUGUUUUUAUUUUUGUUUCAUUUUGUUUUAACUGAAAUUUGUGUUCCAUCUGGGUAUAGUGGAAAUAAACACAAACUAGACUUUCUAAUAAACAUGAGCAACUCA